AUGACAGCCUCUAUGUGGUCGAAUCAAGAAGAGAUCGAUGCCUUUUGGCGUGCAUCGGUUUGUGAUAAUCCAUCGGGGGAUAGCGUUUUGCAUCUUGCUGUUCGCAAAGAAGACACGGAACUUGCUAGGCACCUUCUUGAUGCUGGAUACCCAGUGGACUCAGUCAACGACGAUGGAAAAACGCCACUUCAUCUUGCAGCGGAGCUCGGACUUGUCAGCGUCAGUAGUCUGAUGUUACUACACGGUGCCGAUAUCUUUGCGCACAGCAGUCCCUCGAACGACGAAGAUCAAGGAGUUAACAGAGACUCCACGUCCAAUGAUGGCUAUAACAGCUCAUCGAGCCCACUCGAGGUUGCCAUGGAUCAAGAUACGGACGAGCUUCCAAUAUUAUUCAUCAAGCAUGCGCUAUCAGCUCGUUUCGAUCCAUCACAGGAGUAUACUCUACUCCAGGCUAUGGCAAAGGCAUUCAUCUCUGAGAAGCAGGACGUACUUGAAGCAUUCCGUCACUCAGGUUGGGAUAUCGAUCGAAAUCACUCGAGUUACCAACGACCAUUUCUUCACUACGUUUGUGAGGAGGCCGAACAAGUUGACUCUGUCAAGAGACUGAUUGAUUCGGGAGCUGACGUGACGAAAUUGGACAUGGCCGGCUGUAGUGCAUUACAGAUUGCAUCACAAAUAGGAAGAUGUCUCAACGGGAGUGUUGUCAAACAUCUCAUCGAUACUGGCGCCAAGAUUAAUACCAAGGACAGAUACUGGCGUGCAACACCAUUGAUUGCAGCCGUUCAAGGCAAAAGGCUUGCUAACGCCCGUGCACUUCUCGAGGCUGGUUCCGAUCCCAAUGCGGCGGUAAAACGCGGCGACAUAUGCAGGACUGUUCUACACUUGGCCGCUCAAGAUGGUAUUCCCCAGAUGGUAAAAUUGCUACUGGACUUUGGAGCGAAUCCGAAUGUACUUGAUGAGUUGAACGGCUCACCAGCUCGAUGGGCUAUACGCAAUAAUCACAUAGAGGCCGUGAGAAUACUUUUGGAGGGAAAGCUGGACCCGAAUUUCGACAAAGGCCAUUCAAUGCAAAUGGCGAUAGAAAUGCAACGCCUAGAGAUAGUUGAGUUGUUUAUCAAACAUGGAGCAACAGUGGAGGCCACAAUGAUACAUGUGGCCCGGUCAUCUAAUAAGGACAGCAGCAUGCGUCUGUUGGAGAUGUGCAUCCAAAACCUGGCACUCAGCGAUGAAGAUAUUAGCAACAGGGAUGGUGCCGAUCAGAAUGUCAAAGUCGAACUCCACCUCGGCAAGUUCGAUAUUCCCAGCAUGAUGAGAGCUGAUAUGUCAGAUGACUACAGACUGUGCGCUCUUCUUAUCGAACACGACCACGGAGAGAAUCUAGCGAUCCUACACGAUUUUGCUAGAGGUCUCUUGAUCUGCAUCUGCGCUGAACGCGGCUUUAAUAAAGCAGUGACACGACUACUGGAACUGGGUCACAUCAACAAGACAAUUCGGAGCUACAGAGUCAAACCAUUUGGAUGGACGGCGUUGCAUUUGGCUGCUUACAACGGCAACAUGACACUUGUCAACAAUCUCAGCUCUAACGGCUGGGACCUCGCUGAUGAAGAUGACCUCGGUCGAACAGCGAUUCACCUCGCUGCAUAUCAUGGAUCGUUUGAACUGGUGCAAAGGCUGUUAGCCCUCUAUUCCAACGCUGAGCAUCGAGAUAAAGAUGGCCAGACACCUUUGCACUAUGCAGUAUCAAGUGAUAGCCAAGUAGACAUUCGUGUACUAGAGUGUCUAGUAGCUGGAUGCGACGUGUCAAAGGCGAAUGUCUCUGGUCAUACAGCGCUACACAGAGCAACUCUGUUCAAUUUGAUUGACGCCGUCACUUGGCUAUUGGAGAAGGGUAGUAAUGUGUCCGCAAAAGAUGCGUUCUCGAACACGCCACUUCACAUUGCUGCCUCGUUCAACGGUGUCCCAGUGAUCGAGAGGUUGCUUUCCUAUGGCGCACAGCUGAACACUCCUGCGAUAGAUGGACGGACACCCUUGCAUUGCGCAAGCCAAGCUGGCGCUGACAAUGCUGUAAUUGCUCUACUCGAUGCCGGCGCAGAUCCGAACAAGAUAGAUAGUCGCGGUCACACAGUUCUGGCAACGGCUAUAUACUGGGGGAAGUGCAAACCAAGUAUCAUCGACACCCUUCUUGAGCGUACAGAGAUAGACUGGAAUGCUCCACGAGCCCGCCAUUUGGUCUUCAUCGCAUCAUUAGCAGUCAAAUCUCCAAACCGUGCUUCAGUGCUUGAAAAUGUCAUUCAGGCUCUACAUACAAGCUUGGGGGAGAAGAAAGCGUCUCGCAUUAUCAAACGGCUGAUGCCCGAGAUGGUGCCCGAGAUACUCGUCAGUGCAGACGGCUCGGAUCGCGGAUCUCCAGCGGAUAUAAUCCCAUCAUUACUCGACUUUCUGCCUGAAAAUAAGGAAACACGACAUCUUCUUCUUUUCCACAUGCUUGUAGCCAUCAUCAAACACGGUGGAGAUGACGAUGGAGAUUUGACCCGCCGUCUUCUACACCUCGAUGACAGCAAUGUCUCGCAGAUGAUACCGGAGAACUGGGGCUUUCAGGGUCUAUGUUGUCGGUAUGGUAGACUUAAACAGCUACGUGUGUUUUUGGGACGAGGAUUGAAUCCACGGGGUAAAUCCAUGGUCGAUGGAGUCAUGUGCACGACUGGGGACAUUGUAAGACAGUUUUCGCCCAACAUGUCAACAUCGUUCCAAUGUCUAGCUGAUGGGUUGGAUUUGUUAAGGGAUAUCUGCCUGAAGGAUCCAUCAAUAAUUCCAAUGUUGAGAAGGAUAUAUCCUCUUUCAGGACUUGAGUAG